AUGGCUUGCCCCUCCGUUUGUCACUGCAUCGAGAAAAAUGGCUUGACAGUGGUCCAGUGUAUGUCGCGGAACCUAGAAAAGAUCCCAUCUGAUCUUCCCAGAGAUACCGUUAUCCUGCUUUUGGCGGCAAACCACAUCACCCACGUCCCCAAUCAUGCCUUCAAAGAACUGCAUUACCUUCAAGAGCUGGACCUGUCCAACAACGACAUCGAGACUGUGGACGUGGGCUCAUUUCAAGGCGUCUCUGACAGCCUCCUCGUGCUGGAUUUAUCAAACAACCGCAUUGAAAGCGUCCCCAAAGAGGCUUUUGCCCGCCUCCGGGCCAAAAUCAGCCUGUCGAACAACCCCUGGCACUGCGAGUGCACGCUGCAGGAGGUCCUGAGGGAGCUCCGGCUGGAUCCCGAAACGGUGAACGAGGUGAUCUGCCACACGGCGGUGCAGGAGGAGUACGCGGGCAAGCCGGUGAUCCAGGUGCUGGACUCGGGGAUCAACUUUUGCAACUUUCACCACAAGACGACCGACGUGGCCAUGUUCGUCACCAUGUUCGGGUGGUUCACCAUGGUGAUCGCGUACGUCAUCUAUUACGUCAGACACAACCAGGAGGACGCCAGAAGGCACCUGGAGUACCUGAAGUCACUGCCAAGCAACUCUCAGAUCAGCAAGGAUUUUGACACCAUCAGCACGGUUCUCUAG